AUGGGCUCUCUCCCAAUGCCAAGCGCCAUGAGAAUCCUCGUCUGCCCUUCCGGCUUCAAAGGAAGCCUCGAGCCCGGUACGGCGGCCGACUGCAUCGAGGCCGGCAUCCUCGCCGUUGAGCCUCACGCCUCGGUCCGUAAAGUCCCGCUCGUCGACGGGGGAGAGGGCUUCACCCGCGCCAUCGUCUCGGCGACCGGAGGCACGCUCCGGCAUGUCCCCGUGACUGGGCCCGUGGGAGACCCCAUCUCGUCCUUCUUUGGCAUCUUGGGCCGCUCCGGUGGGGAAGACGCAGAAGAAGCCUGCACUGCCGUGCUGGAAAUGGCUGCUGCCGCCGGUCUCAGCUUAGUGCCCCCCAGCCGCCGAAACCCCGGCAGCACCACCACCUUUGGCGUUGGGGAGCUCAUUCUCGCUGCCCUAGACGCUGGGGCCACCCGUAUCCUCGUCGGAUGCGGGGACUCUGGAACCUGUGAUGGUGGUGCGGGGAUGCUCCAGGCUCUUGGCGCGACUCUACUCGAUACCAACGGGCGCUCCCUGCCAACCGCUGGAGGCGGUGAAUCACUCCUUGCCCUCGACUCCAUCGAUCUGUCUGGGGUUGAUCCUCGCAUCUGGAAGACCAAGAUUGACGUCGCUGUCAACUGGCACAACGUCCUCUGUGGACCUGACGGCGUAGCCAACGUCUUUGGUCCGCAGAAGGGAUCUACCCCAGAGCAGACUCAACGUCUCAGCCUCGCCAUGGAGACUCUAGCGGGCGUAGCCAGCCGCAUCCUCUGCGACAAGACUAUCCGACUAGCCCCAGGCGGUGGCGCAUCGGGAGGUCUCGGAACAGGUCUUCGCCUGGUAGGUGCGCACCUUCGACCCAGCAUCUUUGACGAGUGCGACCUGGUCCUGACGGCCGAGGGUGGCAUCGACGACCAAACCCCACGGGGCAAGAUCCCCGCAGAGGUUGCCCGCCUGGCCAAGAAGCACGGUCUCCCCGUCAUCGCCAUCGCGGGGACGAUUGGGCCUGGCGCCAGGGUCAACUACGACAUCGGGAUCGAUGCCUUUACUUGCAUCAUCCAGCGGCCCAUGACAUUGGACGACGCCGUUAGCGAGGCCGAGAAGCUGACCAAGGAGAGCGCAGAGUCGGUCAUGAGGAUCGUCGAGGUUGGAAGGAUGCUUGGAAAGACGUAUUAA